AUGACGCGGACGGCUCAUUCGCCCCAUCGAGCAGCGAGUGUGAUUCCGUCGUCGAUGCAAACCUCAAGGUCGCAGGCUUCUCCGUCCACGAGCCUAUGGGGCACAGUCGGAGUGACCGAAACACGUGCCGCGACUGCGGUCUUCACCACCGAUGCCCGCCCGCUGGCGGAUACGGCGGGGCCAGCCCACGUGGCUUCACCCAUUUUCAGCCCGGAGACGUCCAUGCGCUGGUCCCCGUCACGCAGCCGAGCCGAACCGCACGUACCAUCGGUGCAGGAGAGCAAGGUGACAGGGAACGCGAAACGGCUCGCCACCAUCGCUGCACCGUGGGCCGGUUCGCUGAGCGUGGGCGCCGCCGUGGGCUACUCGCUGCCCGCGGCCCGCAGCCUCAUAAGCACUCGAGACAACGCGUCUGACGAUUUCCGAAUCAGUGACAAGGAAAUAUUUUGGUUUGACUCGAUUCUCUUGCUGGGCGCGGUGUUCGGAUCGCUGUGCGGCUGUUUUGCGGUGCAGUGGCUAGGCCGGCGCAGGAUGAUGGCUCUGGGUUGCCUCGGUUCGUUGGCCUCUUGGCUAGCCGUGGCCGCCGCCUCUGCAGACUCCUUCCAUCUACUCACGGCUAGGGUGCUCGGAGGGCUGUGCAUGGGCAUCGUGUCACUCGUGGUGCCCGCCUACAUCGCCGAGGUGUCCCCCGCCAGCGACCGUGGAAAAACGUGCGGUGCCUAUCAGCUGGGCGUGACCGCUGGAGUGCUCCUCAUGUACUUCCUAGGCAAGUUCGCAGACUGGACGCAACUGGCCCUGUGGUGUGCCAUACCACCGGUGACGACACUUCUGCUGCUCGGUAUGGCAGUGGAGUCACCACGCUGGCUUUUAGAGACCGAGCAACACGAGGAAGCGCACAAGGCGCUCAUAAUACUUCGAGGCAAGGCACACGAUGCGGACGCCGAGUAUCAGGAAAUCGAGGCCAUCUACACGACGACACCAACGCCCCUGAUUCACUACAUGCUGGCCGUGCUAGUGAUUGUGGUGCAGCAGUUCUCCGGCGUCAACACCGUCCUCCUUUAUGCUAGCAGUCCACUUCACGCAGGCUUCGGGUACGACUCGGACGACACACUUCUUCUAUUGGCCUCCCUACAGUUCGCGAUGACAGCCAUAACUGCUCACCUUCUGGACGCCGUGGGACGCGUGAAACCUCUGGCCGUGUCCGUGGUCAUUAGCACAGGCAGCAUGGUGGCCCUGGGUGGCGUUUACUUCAGCGUCUCGCACGACGAACAGGCCAUGGACACGCACCUCGCCACUCGUCUCACCGUAGUCUGCAAGGUGAUCUUCAGCAUCGGUUUCUCUCUCGGCCUUGGUCCGGCAUCAUGGACUCUCGCCGUCGAGCUGGCUCCGCUACGGAAGAACGGCUUUGAGUUCGGAAGCGUCUGCGCUUUUCAUUGGGCCUCGGCGCUCGGCGUCAUCAGCCUGUUCACCAUCCUGGGCACCAAUACCGGAUCGCUGGCGCUGCUGGUGGUCCUGUCGGGCCUCGUCACGUUCACGGGUGGCAUGACCGCCUUUAAGCUGCUGCCCGACACACGAGGCGUAAGCCUCGAAGGCAUUCUAUUGCAGGGCCAGGGCGACGUGCGCAGUUGUGGACCGUCGAACGUUGUUUACAUGCUCAAGCCUGCUGACGCGAUGCUGCAGUCGCCGAAGAAGCACCAGAAAGAGCCAACAACAACGCGAGGCGAACAAAAGAAACGGCCGAAGCGCAGAGACUCUGAGCCCCUGUCGCCAAGCGUAGUGGCCGCUAAGGGGUCACCCAAGCCUAAACUCAAAGCUCAGGCUAAAGACCAGGCCAAGCAUCAAGCGAAGGCUGAGUCUAACGACAAAGUCGAGGCUGGACCACACGCGCAGACUUCGGUUGAAUCUGGGGCUACGGAAGUGGUUGCGUCGGGUGAAGAUGUUCUCAGCGGAGCAAAGUCGUCCAUAGCUUCGCCCACUGAAGGAGCUCCAGAAAGCAAGAGUUGA